AGGAAGACCAAAGUGUCAACAAUGAAGGCGAUCUGGUUGGCGUUGUUUGUCCUUGGAUAUGUGUUCACUGAAGGCGAGGGAGCCGCCGUCGUGCUCAACGCCUUGAGACAGCAAGUACAACAAGAGCAACAGCAGCAGCAACAGCAGCAACUUCAACUGCAGUUACAACAGCGGCUACAGCAACAACUGCUGCUACAACAACUGCUACAACUUUUCCAACAAUUCCAGCAGCAACAGAUUCAGCCACCACCUUUUCCGCCGCCACAAUUUCCUCCAACGUUUUUUCCUGUAGCAGGGGGAACUCCCGCUGUACCUGGAGGAACUGGUAUUGUGAUUCCUGCUACUGGUUUGCCCCCCGCUCUCUUAGCGCAAUUGUUUGGCGGUGCUGCCCCCGGAGCAGCUGUUGGCGCUGGGACCCCUGGGGCGGCUGCAGGUGGACAAGGUUUAACUUUGGCGCAGUUGUUGGCAGCCCUUGGCGGUGGGGCCCCUGGGGCGGCUGUUGGCGCUGGGACCCCUGGGGCCGCUGCAGGUGGACAAGGUUUGAGUCAGGCUGCCUUGGCGCAGUUGUUGGCAGCCCUUGGCGUUGGAGCCCCUGGUGCGGCUGUUGGCGCUGGUACCCCUGGGGCGGCUGUUGGUCCUGGUACCACUGGGGCGGCUGCAGGUGGACAAGGUUUAACUUUGGCGCAGUUGUUGGCAGCCCUUGGCGGUGGGGCCCCUGGGGCCCCUGGGGCGGCUGUUGGCGCUGGGACCCCUGGGGCCGCUGCAGGUGGACAAGGUUUAACUUUGGCGCAGUUGUUGGCAGCCCUUGGCGGUGGGGUCCCUGGGGCCCCUGGGGCAGCUGUUGGCGCUGGGACCCCUGGGGCCGCUGCAGGUGGACAAGGUUUAACUUUGGCGCAGUUGUUGGCAGCCCUUGGCGGUGGGGCCCCUGGGGCCCCUGGGGCGGCUGUUGGCGCUGGGACCCCUGGGGCCGCUGCAGGUGGACAAGGUAGGAAAUUUUUGGAAAUUGGUGUCUUUUUGAUGUGA